AUGGUAUCGAUGGUCCCGCGGAAAUUAAGGCCGCGCCGGGCGAUGUCUGUUCCCCUUUGCAGAUUCUUCUUAAAAUUCUUCCUCAAGUGCAAUCAGAACUGUUUGAAAAACGCUGGUAACCCCAGGGACAUGCGUCGAUUCCAGGUGGUCAUCUGCACGACCAUCAACGUUGACGGCCAUGUGCUGGCUGUGUCUGACAACAUGUUCAUCCACAACAACUCCAAGCACGGCCGCAAGGCCCGGAGGCUGGACCCCUGUGAAGCAGCUACCCCGUGCAUCAAAGCCAUCAGCCCGAGUGAAGGUUGGACCACGGGAGGAGCCACUGUCAUCAUCAUCGGAGACAGCUUCUUCGAUGGUCUGCAGGUGGUGUUCGGAACCAUGCUGGUCUGGAGUGAGGUAGGUGCCCGUGUUGUCCCUGAGCAGAACGUAACCCGGACACUUUCUUUACCACUUCAUGUUUGUUCCUUGCAGGAGGUUCUGCUGAAGAGGGCUGCUGACUUGGUGGAAGCCUUGUACGGAAUGCCGCACACCAACCAGGAGAUCAUCCUGAAGAGGGCCGCGGACAUCGCAGAAGCUCUGUACAGCGUUCCGCGGAGCCACAACCAGCUGCCGCUGCUGGGCACCGCCUCCGGGCACGCCGGCAUGAUGGGGGUGAACUCCUUCGGUGGCCAAUUAGCCGUCAACAUCUCGGAGACUUCGCAGGCCAGCGACCAAGGUUACUCCCGCAACACCAACAGUGUCUCCCCACGGGGCUACGUGAGCAGCUCGACGCCGCAGCAGGGCGGCUAUGGCAGCGGCAGCAUGAACGGCUACGGUGGCAGCGCCAUGGGCAACCUGGGCAUACCGGGCUCCCCAAACUUCCUCAACGGCUCCACCGCCAACUCUCCCUACGCCAUCAAACAGAAGAGUGCGUUCGCCCCCGUGGUGCGGCCCCAGGCAUCACCUCCCCCCACCUGCACCGGCUCCACUGGGAACAGCAUGCAAGGUCGACAUUUGGGACUUUAUUCCCUUGGAGCCCAGGAGGAUGAGGGGUGAUCUUAUAGAGGCACACAGACGUCUCCAAAGACGGACAGCCAUGUCCGGUCUGAUAGUGCCGCCAAGAGGUUUGAAGAGCCGGCAGGAGAAGCAAGGAGCCUCAACAACGCGGGCAGCCCAUGCUGGAGGCAAUGCCAGAAUCACACCUUCCAUCAUUUGCACCCACAACCUAUCCUCCCUCCCCCCCUCCCCCCCCCUCCCCUCCCCCAACGUUCAAGAUAUUUCACCCCACUAUCAUAGUUUUGUUUCAACAGGGCGGCACGGUGGCGCAGUGGGUAGAGUUGCUGCCUUGCAGCAUUCACAACGCCAGAGACCCAGGUUCGAUCCUGGCCACGGGUGCUGCCUGUACGGAGUUUGUGCGUUCUCCCCGUGACCUGAUUGGGUUUUUCUCCAGUAACUUCCGUUUCCUCCCCCACUCCUAAGACGUACAGGCUUGUAGGUUAAUUGGCUCGGUACAAAUGUAAAAACAAAUUGUCCCCAGUGUGUGUGGGAUAGUGUUAAUGUGCGGGGAUCGCUCUCCGCUGCGGACUCGGUGGGCCGAAGGGCCUGUCUUCACACUGUGUCUCCAAACUAAACCAAACUAAGCCUCUGGACCAUUAGGGGAUGAUCAUUUCUGAAGCAAUUGAGAUAUUUUCAGUGAUUGUCCAUGAGUCUUCUAAUCUAAGGCAUCGAGCAGACUGAAGAAGGGUCUCGACCCAAAACGUCAUCCAUUCCUUCUCUCCAGAGAUGCAGCCUGGCCCGCUGAGUUACUCCAGCAUUUUGUGUCUAUUUAUGGAGUUGGACUGCAUGUUUCUCCACCCUCCCCUCACCCUCCGACCCCUCACCGUCCGACCCCUCACCCUCCGACCCCUCACCCUCCGACCCCUCACCCUCCGACCCCUCAGCCUCCGACCCCUCACCCUCCGACCCCUCACCCUCCGACCCCUCACCCUCCCACCCCUCACCCUCGGAACCUUCACCCUCCGACCCCCUCACCCUCCGACCCCUCACCAUCCGACCCCUCACCCUCCGACCCCUCACCCUCCGACCCCUCACCAUCCGACCCCUCACCCUCCGACCCCUCACCCUCCAACCCCUCAACCUCCGACCUCUCACCCUCCGACCUCUCAACCUCCAACCCCUCAACCUCCGACCCCACACCCACUGACCCCUCAACCUCCAACCCUCACCCUCCGACCCCUCACCCACUGACCCCUCACCCGCUGACCCCUCACCCUCCGACCCCUCAUCCUCCGACAUCUCACCCUCCGAUCCCUCACCCUCCGACCCCUCACCCUCCGACCCCAGGAGAAAGAAAGCGGGGCGGGAACCUGAGAGGGAAGCAAUGGGAAGGAAAGAAAAGCCUUCUGUGGAUCCAUAUUUACCCAAGCCAAUUAGUUCAUAAGGAAUAGUGGUAGAAUCAGGCCAUUCGGCCCAUCAAGUCUACUCCACCAUUCAAUCGUGGCUGAUCUAUCUCUCCCACCUAACCC